AACAUAAUAGUUUGACACGGCGGUCGAAAUACAUGUGUUGUGAAAAAAAUAUUUUUUUUAUCAAUUGUUUUUAAUUAUUUUAAGUGAAACUUCACACUUUUUUAAUUUGUAUAAAAUAAGACAGUUUUCAUUAUUUCUAGUUUAUUUUUGAAUAUUAGACUGAGACCUGAUCAAAGGGCAUCAUUAAACAACGAUGAAGAACGGAAGGAACCCGCUUCCGGGCUUAGUCCUGGGCUUGAUGAGUAUCGGUGUAUCAAUUACGUUAAUGUUCUUCGAUCCAGUAAUACCUAUUACAUUAUUUUAUUCCCGAGCAGCCAAUGGUACGCUUACUCACAACGCCAUGAUGGAAGUUAUAGAAGGUAUACACAUAUCGGCGUACCUGUUCAACAUUACCAACGCUGAGGAGUUCACGUCCGGAGAGCAUGAUAAGCUGAAAGUGCAAGAAGUCGGGCCGUUUACUUAUAGUGAGGCUCGAACGAAUAAAAACUUUGUGAUAGAUGAAGAAGCUGAAGAAAUGAGGUAUACUCCUCGAAUCGAUGUGAACUUCAUACCCGAGGCGUCUGUGGGAAGGCCUGAAGAUAUAGAUGUCACGUUGGCGAAUAUCGCAAUGUUGAGCAUAGCCUCCAAAGUGGGUGCCUACUCCUACUUUCCUCAACUAGCCUUCAACCUUCUGGCAUCGCAGCUGAACUCCAAGCCAGUAGUGACGAUGAGAGCAAAGGACUACCUCUGGGGCUACGACGAGCCUCUUAUAAGAUUAGGGCAUAAUAUUAUACCAGGGAUAAUAAACUUCGAUAGAUUGGGAAUUUUGGAUAGACUUUACGAUAAAAAAGCGGUCUAUAACUAUGUGGUGAGCGCUAAAAACUCAGACAAGUUUGCCAUUAAGUCUGUAAAUGGAAUUGAAGGUCUUGAAAUGUGGAAUUACGAAAAUCCCAAGAAAAGGUCCAAAUGCAACUCAUUUAUAGACGCAUUUGAAGGUAUCAACUACCCCGCCAUGAUGACCCCAGAAACGCCUAUAAGAAUAUACAGAAGUAUUCUCUGUCGAAUUCUGGAAUUGGAUUAUUUUGACACGAUAACAACUGACUAUGGAGCCAAGGGUCUGGUCUAUCGAAUUAGUAACAGAACGUAUACGACAAAUAACGAUACCAAAUGUCUUUGUAUUGGAGAAUGUCAAGAGUACAUUUCUCAUCUGUCACCCUGCUUUUUUGGUCUACCCGUGGCUCUAUCUAAUGCACAUUUCCUGUACGCCGAUCCAGAAAUUUAUAGCAAAAUAGAAGGAAUUCAACCUGACGAAGAGAAACAUGGCAGCAAUAUACUAAUUGACCCGAUAAUGGGCUUGGCGUUGAAAACCGAAUUUUCAGUACAACUAAACGUAGUGGUUGAUGAUGUGACUUUCAACAGUGACGCUAGAAGAUUCUCAAAAAUGCUGGUACCAGUGGGGUAUUUCAAAAUUGUACAGCCACCUCUUAAAAGCACUCUGAUAUUUCAACUGAGAUUGGUAUAUGUCUAUGGACCAUAUUUGGUGUUAGCAGUACAAAUUAUUUUCUUGGUUCUCGGCUUAACAAUAUUGGCUUAUUCUCGUCGGAACAUGAAUUGCGGAUUACUUUAUCUCACACGAAAGGAAAUUACUUUUUAUUUGAGCACAGCGGAGAAAGCUAAAGUCGAACAGCCAUUGAUUUAUUGAAAACAUUGACAACAGGAAAUUGAGAAUUCGUUAUUGAAUGACACCUCUGGUUGUUUUACAAGUGUGUUAAACAGUAAUGCGUUUCGAUCUGAAGGGCGGGACAGCCGUUGUACUGUAAAAGCUGAGACUUAGAACUCAUAUCUCAAGGUGGGUGGCGGCAUUCACAUUGUAGAUGUCUAUCGGCUCCGGAGAUUUUAGAUAUGGCAGCAUAAAUGCAGCUUCCCACCUUAAGUCAUAAGAUUGAAGUUUCAAUUGUUUUGGUCCAGCGGCUGUCCCGUGCCUUCCUUCGAACCUAAACGCAUUAUUGGAUUGCGGCAUGGGAGAUACUCGCCGCGAGGGGUCACUGCAUAGAACCAAUAAUGCCAUCAUUUGUAAAUAAAUCAAGGAAUCUGACCCCGGUUUUUUUUUAUUGCUUAGAUGGGUCGUCCACCCACCCAGUUGUGUGGACGAGCUUACAGCCCACCUGGUGUUAAGUGGUUACUAGAGCCCAUAGACACUUACAACGCAAAUGCGCCACCCAUCUUGAGAUAUAAGCACUAAGGUCUCAGUAUAGUUACAACGGCUGUCCCACCCUUCAAGCCGAAAUGCAUUAUUACUGCUUCACGGCAGAAAUAGGCGGGGUGGUGGUACCUACCCGUGCGGACUCACAUGAGGUCCUACCACCAAUAAAUAUAGUUAUUACGUUUAUUAUAGUUAUUACGAAAAUAUAGGAUUCAUUAAAUAUUAUAUAAUGAAUAUAUUAUAUUCAUUAAAUAUUAUAUUAUAUUAUAUGCAAGGAAAUUAAGUGAUAUUAGAAUUAACGCGCAUCUGAAGGCAUCGUGCUAAUGUCAUUGUGUGGUUCACAUGAGCUUAGAGGAAUAGGAAGAGCUAGGAGAAGUCUGUCCGUCUGUCUGUAAGUCUGCUCUGGAUGGAUUUUUGAACAUAAUAUGUUAAAUAAGAGAAAGAAAGUCAAUGAAUGCUCUUUAGCAUCAGUAAAACGUCUUCAGCCCAGUGGCUCAUUCAGUUGCGAUCUUUAAAUAAAUAUUGAUGCCGUACUUCUAGACUAAGUAGACAAAAUUAAAAAAUCUGUGACAUACUUUAAAUAUAGUGAUAAUUGUUUGUAUUAUUCUUAAGUAAAUUAAUUAGAUUAA